GACUCUGUGCUUGUCAUCGGUAAGAACGCUCAAGCAGACAACGACUCCCAGGAAGCACCUCCUUUAAGAACCAGGCUUCAAUGAAGAGGGUCUCUGUUGCCCUAGAAUACUUAAAUCUUGCCUCAUCAGUAACAUCUCGUCCUUUUCCCUAAGUAUUUCGACCACCAUGACACUGAUCGCCCACACGGGUGUUGGCUCUCCUGACUUUGCCAAUGAGAAGGUCUUCCAAAGAAACAAACUUCCACCAAGAUCAUAUCAUAUCCCACAGACAGUUAUCUCUUUAAACGGAACAUGGCGUUUUCAUUACGCCGCAUCCCCAAGCCUUGCACCUGCUUGGGACGACAUCACUGGACAAGAUGACUCCAGCUGGCAGCCUGUCACCGUCCCCGGCCACUGGCAAUUGCAAGGAUACGGCAGACCUCAAUACACCAAUAUCGUAUUCCCGUUCCCGGUUUGUCCUCCGUAUGCGCCUACCGACAACCCGACCGGAAGUUAUACCAGGAAAUUCUCCAUUCCGCAAAGCUGGAGCUCAGAAUCCCAAUUUCGUCUGCGUUUCGAAGGCGUAGAUAGUGCAUUUCAUCUCUUCGUGAACGGCGCGGAGGUCGGCUACUCACAAGGCAGCAGAAAUCCUGCAGAAUUCGAUGUGACUUCGUUGCUGAAUCGGACAGAGGAGAAUGAACUCUUGGUGCGCGUGUAUCAAUGGUCCGAUGGUUCUUAUAUUGAAGACCAGGAUCAAUGGUGGCUAUCAGGCAUUUACCGUGAUGUCUACUUGCUGGCAUUUCCCCAGAAGGCUCGCAUUGACGACUUCUUCGUCCAAACCGACUUUGAUGAGCUUUAUAAGGACGCCAAUAUUAGUGUGAACCUCGAAUUAACACUCCAAGAAGAUUGCGAAGUCGGACUUACACUCCAAACUCCCGACAAGAGCUCAAAUCUCGUCGCCGACCGCAUAGCUCUAGCUAGCUAUGAAUCUCAACUGAAGAACGAGUACUCUAUCCAGGCCCCGUUGAAGUGGACGGCAGAAACACCGGCGCUCUACCUUCUCGAGCUCAAACUGUUCGUGAAAGGAAAUUGCAUCCAGCAGAUACACCAUAGAGUCGGUUUUCGAAAGGUGGAGAUCAAGAAGGGCCUUCUGACUGUGAAUGGGAUCCCCCUGCUACUCUCUGGUGUCAACCGACAUGAGCAUCACCCAAAGUUCGGUCGAGCUGUCCCUGUGGAUUUUCUCCGACAGGACUUAUUGCUAAUGAAACGUCACAACAUCAACGCUAUUCGGUGUUCUCACUACCCUUCUCAACCAGCGCUCUACCGUCUUUGCGAUGAACUUGGCCUUUGGGUGCUAGACGAAGCUGACCUUGAAUGCCAUGGAUUUUCCGAAGCUGCUGCUGGGCAGCGUGAUCCUGCUUCUUUCACAUCGGACAGCAGAGAUUGGGAAGGUGCCUACAUCGACCGUAUGGCACAGCUGGUACAGAGGGACAAGAACUUCCCGUGUGUCAUCAUCUGGUCUCUUGGCAACGAGGCUUUCUACGGCCGCAAUCACAAAGCAAUGUACGAAUACACCAAAAAGGUAGAUACUUCACGUCCGGUUCAUUACGAAGGCGACAGCAAGGCCAGCACGGCGGACAUGUUCUCCUACAUGUAUCCUUCUGUAUCCAAGCUGAUUUCGCUGGCUAAGGAGGAAGGAGUGGCGCCCAAUGGCUCGUAUGAAAAGCCUAUCAUUCUGUGCGAGUACGGCCACGCCAUGGGCAACGGGCCAGGACUUCUUGAAGAUUAUCAAGCUGCUUUCCGUGAUCAUGAGCGACUACAAGGAGGCUUCAUCUGGGAGUGGGCAAAUCAUGGCCUCUUGAAGACGUCCACGGAGGCCGGCGGAAAGCAGAUCUAUGCAUAUGGCGGCGACUUCGGCGAUAUCCCCAAUGACGGCACCUUCGUCAUGGACGGACUGUGCUACAGCAAUCAUACACCGACCCCUGGAUUGGUAGAGCUCAAGAAAGUCAUUGCACCAAUUCGAGCAUGGGUCGACGCAGAGAGCAACAUGAUCACGGUCGAGAACAGGUACAAUUUUAGAGGCCUUGACGGUUGUGCGGCGCACUUCAAGGUCGAGGCUUUCCAUGACAGCGCUGAACAGCUUUUCUCUGGAGACCUUCAAAUCCCUGACGUCAACCCGGGUUCCACAGGCAUGAUUCCACUUCCCCAGGGUGUCCUCUCGUAUCAAUCCUACUCCAACACUGAAUGCUGGUUAACUGUCAGCUUCGCACUGAAAAACAGUUGCAGUUGGGCAGAUGCCGGACAUGAAAUUGCAUGGUUCCAGCAUCAACUAAAUUCUCAGACGUUAUUGCUGUCUCGGACUCUUCAGCGGGCGAACACAACCAAGUUGAACUUUACCACCACUCGUCAAUAUCUCACAAUCUCCGGCGCCGACUUCACGCUCACUUUCGACAAGAUUCACGGGUUGAUCCAUUCGUGGCUCUCAAGAGGUGCUCCACUCCUCCACACUCCGGAGUCUCCCCAAGCGCUGGUCCAUCUCGGCUUCUGGCGACCUCCCACUGACAACGAUUUAGCCUGGCAGACUAAGGAGUGGAAGCGCUGGGGCUUGGAUAACCUGACUACGCAACUGCGUAGCUUCAACGUCGAACAUGCAAGCAGUGGCGACAUCUACGUUAAGACCGUUACAUACAUCAGUCCCCCGAUCCUAGCCUGGGGCUUCUACGUCGAGACCACAUACUGCGUCCGCAAUAGCGGCACAGUCUUAAUGAUGGCGCAUAUUAAACCUGAAGGAUCCGCUCCCCGGAAUUUGCCACGAGCAGGCUGGGACCUUCAACUCCCAAAGACAGUCGACCACGCUGUCUGGUUCGGCUUAGGACCGGGCGAGUCGUACUAUGACAAACAAUCUGCACAAAAGGUCGGCAUCCAUCGCGCGUCCAUCGAUGAGCUGCACACGCCGUACGAAGUCCCUCAAGAAAACGGAAAUCGUAUGGAAUUGAGGUGGGUGAAAAUCCUAGACGAGCGAGGCAUAGGAUUCAAAGCUACGUUGACUGGUUCGAGGAGUCCGGAGAGGUUCCACUUCGCUGUGUCCAAGUAUUCCGCCGCUGAGCUCGAACGGGCGGCCCAUGGACCGGAGUUGACGGAGGGAGAUGCGAUAUACUUACGCCUAGAUGCGGAGGUUUCUGGACUUGGCACAGGGGCGUGCGGCCCGGGGAUCAAAGAUCAGGACUUGGUCAAAUGUGGAGAGAUGGAGUUCGAGCUCGUGCUGGAACCGCUUUCUGAGUAAGAUUUUCGGGCGAGGGUAUCUUGCGAAGGUGAUGUGUCUCUCGCCAAAAGAGGAAUAUGGAUUAGAGUCUAUCUUGGGCCAAUGUACGCCGCGACUUUAUGCCUUGAUGGCAUAGACUUUGAAAGAGCCUGCUCAAAAAUCCAGCUUAGACAACUCCAAGACAUCACCGGGAUCCGUGUCUCGCUUGUUGCAGCAAGACGGGCUCUUCUCGCAGCAAGCACCUUCCGAGCUCUCACCACAACAACUGCCGCCUGAACUCCCCUCUUUUGCUUGCAAAUAGACGUUAAGAUCGACGUGGGAGUCUGCAAUCAGAGUAUCUAUCCCAUCCAUGUUAUGGUCAGCAUAGAUCGCGACCCAUCCAUCGGGGUCUAUAUUGGUGACAACAAGCACAGAAUGGGAUGAGUAUGCUUACCACUAAAG